UUCAAAAUGGCGUAACUUCCAACAUCAGUAUAGUUGCAUGCUUCCAUGAACAAAGUAGCUGCCUACGCAGCCAAGUAGUUUUGGACAUGUAAAAGGUUAACAAUGGCAGACCAUUUGUUUUGUGAUGUUCUGUUGCCUUUGUUUCUUAUCAUUAUUUUUAGUGCACAAAAUAUUGUUACAUUUCACUUCCUCCCUUUUGACAAAUCCAAAUCUGGAUUCUGUUUGACUGGCUUGCUGGCCGGAAGAGACAAAGUGAAACUUGAAUUUAAGUUUGAGCACGACAAUAACACGAAUGACAGCCUAAGUUUUAGUUUGGAAGCAGUCAGCCCAGUAACCAACAAGUUUUAGUUUGGAAGCAGUCAGCCCAGUAACCAACAAGUUUUAGUUUGGAAGCAGUCAGCCCAGUAACCAACAAGUUUUAGUUUGGAAGCAGUCAGCCCAGUAACCAACAAGUUUUAGUUUGGAAGCAGUCAGCCCAGUAACCAACAAGUUUUAGUUUGGAAGCAGUCAGCCCAGUAACCAACAAGUUUUAGUUUGGAAGCAGUCAGCCCAGUAACCAACAAGUUUUAGUUUGGAAGCAGUCAGCCCAGUAACCAACAAGUUUUAGUUUGGAAGCAGUCAGCCCAGUAACCAACAAGUUUUAGUUUGGAAGCAGUCAGCCCAGUAACCAACAAGUUUUAGUUUGGAAGCAGUCAGCCCAGUAACCAACAAGUUUUAGUUUGGAAGCAGUCAGCCCAGUAACCAACAAGUUUUAGUUUGGAAGCAGUCAGCCCAGUAACCAACAAGUUUUAGUUUGGAAGCAGUCAGCCCAGUAACCAACAAGUUUUAGUUUGGAAGCAGUCAGCCCAGUAACCAACAAGUUUUAGUUUGGAAGCAGUCAGCCCAGUAACCAACAAGUUUUAGUUUGGAAGCAGUCAGCCCAGUAACCAACAAGUCUUCCUUUAAGGUAAAAGAUAUGCCUCCAAAAAAGACUAUUUCCAGUAGAACCUCGCUAAUCAAGUUGGGCCCGGAGUCUGUCCGGAUACUCGAUAGCCACCUCAUGCACGGAGAUACCGUACUGUAAAACAUAAAAAAAGGCAGUCCAUAUAUUUGACGUCUCGGAUAACUGACGUCCGGAUAAAUGACUUUCUACGAUCUGUGGCCUACAGUUAGGUGUUGGGUGUAGGACGAAUCAGUCUGUUAGCUCUACCUGCUAUUGUAAUCAAACCGAGGAUACAAUCUAUGUCAUUAGCUACUACGCAACAGCCCUUUUGAACUACAGCAAAAAUAUUAUCCAAAUCAACGGGCACGCCUACGAUCAGCCGACAUUCCCAGUGAUUUACCAAAAUGCGCUCCAACGGAAUCUAACGAUCAACAAUAAGACCUUUGACCUCAGAAAGACGUGCUAUGCCAGUUUCCCACAACAGACUUCAGUAAAAGUCAAAUUUUGUGUCGAAGGUUUGCAUACUCCCAUGCUGCUGCUAUCCUACAACGGGCACAACCAAACCGUCUACAAUGAGGACUGCAUCAGUGUCACCUACACCAUGGCCAGAAUUAACCAAAAUUUGUAUUUAGCGUACGAAGACCACUGUAGGCGCCGGUUUUCUCGUACCUGCUAUCUACAAGUUCAACUUCCUGACCUUGACGUGAAGGUCAACCAAACUAGGACAGACGACAUUGUUUUCAGUUUAGGGACCAAACUGACCACUUACAUCCUUGCGGCUAUUCUAACAUUCAUCUUGUUAAGCUUUUUAUUGAUACUAUGCAAAGUCAAAGGAAAAAAAAAAUUAGCACCCCAACGGCCUGUGAUAGUACCACACCACACAGGGUCUUCAGUGGAUGCAGCGGCUAAAGCUUCCAGAUCUUCGCAAAGACUCACUACAUGGCUCUCUUCCAGGACCAGUGUCAGCCCCAAGAAUCGCGGCUCACCCAAAACGCUGACCAAGUCUAUCACGGUGGUAAAGGAGACAGAAGUCUAGAGUAUGAGCUUAUCACAACGAAGCAAGCAAGAUCCGAAAAAACAAAAAACUCGCAACGGUUUCAAUAUAGGAAAAAAAUAAUCUUAAAAAUGUGAACAUGACACCGUGUUUACUUCAAGUUGGCUAGGUAACUGAUGUUCACUUAAUUGAUUCUAUAAUGACUAGGUAACUGAUGUUCACUUAAGUGAUUCUAUAAUGACUCUACUAUAAUGACUCUACUUGGUAAAGAUUUGUUUGAUAUGAACACGCUAGACUGAAAUGGCUGUGUUAUAUCUGUAAAGAAGACAAGGACUUUGGUUUGAUACAUGUUCUAUUUUCUUAGUUUUUAUACAUUUUUAAAAUUUUUCAUUGACAUUUUUUUUUUGUUUUCUUCGCUAUAACGUUAUUAAACUGUAUCAUCGAAUAUCGUCUAGUAAUAAGUUUCCUUUGUGUGUAUUCAAUCUGUAUAAUGGUCAUUUAAAUAUACUUGAAAGCACAAAUUUGA